AACCCUGGUGAACUCCCGGCAGCCCUCGCGGCGGAAGGGUCCUGGCGAGGCCGCAACGUGCGAGCCAUGCCCAAGUCCAAGCGCGACAAGAAGGUUUCCUUGACAAAAACCACAAAGAAAGGUUUAGAAGCCAAACAGAACUUAAUAGAAGAGCUGCGGAAAUGUGUGGAUACCUACAGAUACCUCUUUAUUUUCUCUGUUGCCAACAUGAGAAACAACAAGCUAAAAGACAUCAGAACUGCCUGGAAACAUAGCAGGAUAUUUUUUGGAAAAAAUAAGGUCAUGAUGGUGGCCCUGGGCCGAGGUCCAGCCGAUGAGUACAAGGAGAACUUGCACAAGAUAAGCAAACAUCUGCGAGGUGAAGUUGGUCUCCUCUUUACCAAUCGUACCACAAAUGAAGUGAAUGAAUGGUUCUCAGAGUUCAAAGAGAUGGACUUUGCCCGUGCAGGUAACAAAGCACCAUACACAGUAAGUCUGGACAUGGGGCCCCUGGAGCAGUUUCCCCACUCCAUGGAGCCUCAGUUACGACAGCUGGGACUGCCAACUGCUUUGAAGAAAGGAGUGGUGACACUGCUUUCAGAUUAUGAAAUCUGUAAGGAGGGGGAUGUCCUGACUCCUGAACAGGCUCGUGUGUUGAAACUGUUUGGCUAUGAGAUGUCAGAAUUUAAAGUGACCAUCAAAUGUGUGUGGAACUCUGAGACAGGAGACUUCCAGCAGCUGGCCAAAGACACAGAAGAACUAGAGGAAAUGGAGGAAGAGGAGGAGGAGGAGGAGGAUGACUAGUACAAGGCUACUGAAGGACACAAGCGACAGUGUUGUUCUGUUUUAGGGACGAUCAGUAGAAGCCUACGUUUCUCUCCCAGUUGGAGCAGGAUGAAAUUGACCAUCUCGGACUUGUUAUCUAUCACGGAAGUUGCAAUUAAAUUUUAUAUAAAAAAUUACAAUUUGGACACUUUCAGUACAGCUCAUCACUGCUUGGAUGGGAAACCCUGAGAGAGAGACCUUACAGAAUCUGAGGACAGGGUAAAGAUCAUGUGGAAAAUGAAACCUUUCCCUAUAAAUCUA